AAGACUCAGGAAGUGCUUAGCCAGGGGAGUGAGAGACAAUGAGCUCCAAAGAGCAGUGUGUCAAACUAAAUGAUGGCCACUUCAUUCCUGCCCUGGGCUUUGGCACCUAUAAACCCAAUGAGGAUAGCCAUCAACAUCUCAUAGUGAAUGUUUACCCAGAACUAAGUGAGGUCUCCCAUUUACAACUCUCAACUGUGGGAAACUUACUGGAAUUCUACAAUGCAUCACUUUGGUGCACUUGUUUUCGUCCAGAGCUGGUCAAGCCUGCCUUGGAAAAAUCACUGAAAAACCUUCAACUGGAUUACAUUGAUCUUUACAUUAUGCAUUACCCAGUGCCAAUGAAGCCAGGGGAUGAUGAUUUUCCAGUAAAUGAGCAAGGGAAAUCUCUGUUGGACACUGUGGAUUUCCGAGACACAUGGGAGAUGUUGGAGAAGUGUAAGGAUGCAGGAUUGGUCAAAUCCAUUGGGGUGUCCAACUUUAACCACAGGCAGCUAGAGAGACUCCUAAACAAGCCAGGACUGAAGUACAAACCUGUCUGCAACCAGGUUGAAUGUCAUCUUUAUAUGAAUCAGAAUAAGCUGCUGGAUUACUGCAAAUCAAAAGACAUUGUUCUUGUUGCCUAUGGUGCUCUGGGAACCCAGCGAUAUAAAGAAUGGGUGGACCAGAACUCCCCAGUUCUGUUGAAUGAUCCAGUUCUUUGUGAUGUGGCCAAAAAGAACAAGCGAAGCCCUGCCCUGAUUGCACUUCGAUACCUGGUUCAGCGUGGGGUUGUGCCCCUAGCCCAGAGUUUCAAAGAGAAUGAGAUGAGAGAGAAUUUGCAGGUUUUUGGAUUUCAGUUGUCCCCUGAGGACAUGAAAAUACUAGAUGACCUGAACAAAAAUUUUCGAUACCUUCCAGCUGAGUUCUUUGUGGACCACCCAGAGUAUCCAUUUUCAGAGGAAUAUUAACAUAGAACCUAAUUAUGACUGCUGCCUGAAGUCCCUGUGUGUGGACCAUGAUGCUGAUGAUGUGACCUAGAUGAUGUUGGAUGGACAUGUCAUUUCUGAUCAAUCCAGGUUGCUUAGCAACUCACAUUCACCUGAAGCUGUAGUUAAUGAUCUCAAAGAAAAGGAACAUAAUUUUGAUGAUGUUUUGAAAUAAAUAUAUACUUUUCUCUUCAAAAGA